AAGUUAGCUAGUGGAAACCUCGGCCUCGGCGGGCGGAAGGGUGCAAUUAAUUAGGGAUUAAGGAUGCGACGCGAAUCGUUUUAGAGUAAUUACCACCCCUUUAAAAUCCCCUCCCUCCCGGCUUCUCCCCUCUCCAACCCAUUUCUCUCCCGCUCUGUCUCUCCGGAUAGCUUUGAGUGUUAUUUCUUCGCCGAUCCCUUAUCCCGAGAGUUCUUUCCUCUGCUUCUUUUUGUCGAAAGAUUGGAGAGGAGAUCUCGCCGGAUACCUCCGGCGAUCGCGAUUGGAGAUGGCGAUCUCGAAUUCUGAGGGGGAUUCAGCUGCAAAAGAAGGGGAAAGGAAGCGGAAGCGGAACGCUGAGGUUCGACCGUCGCCGUCCAAGUGGAGGACCGAGAGCGAGCAGAAGCUCUACUCCUCGAAGCUCCUCGAAGCCCUGCGGCGCGUCCGACGCGGGGCGCCGGCGGAGCCCCCGCGGAGCCGCGCCGUCCGGGAGGCAGCGGACCGCGCGCUGGCGAUGGCCGCGCGUGGCCGGACGCGGUGGAGCCGGGCAAUCCUGUCCACCCGGACGCUCAAGCUCAAGUCGCGCAAGCGGCGGCCCGCCGGCCCCGCCCGGCUCAAGAACCCCUUGGCCGAUGCGGCGGGGAAGAAGACAUCGCCGGUGCUGCAGUGGAAGGCGAGGGUCCUCGGCCGGCUGAUACCGGGUUGCCGGAAGCUCUCCUUCCUGACGCUUCUCGAGGAGGCCUCCGACUACAUCGCCGCUCUCGAGAUGCAGGUCCGCGCUAUGAGCGCCCUCACUGAGAUCCUCUCCUCCUCCUCCUCCUCCUCCUCCGCCUCCGGCGCGCCGCCGUCCGACCAGCUCGGCUCGUCUUAGCCGGUCUGACCUUGCCGCGCCGGCCGCAGGUCCCUUUCCUCCCGCACCCAAUCAACCCUUCUCUUCUCCUCUCUUCUUUCCCCACCUAUUUUUCUCCUUUUAAAAUUCAUGUAAUUUACUGUAAAUUUCUAGCCUUUUCUCUCUUUUUUCCCCAAAAAAAAAAAUCUCCCCGUUUUUUAAAA